GUAUCAAAUUAAACUUCAUCUUCUUUAUUUCUCUCUCCUCACUGAAAAUAAUUCAUCACUGAUCAAUCAAAAAUGGCGAGCAGCAAAAACGAAGGAAAUGAGGCAACUCCCACUCUCUUCUCGCCUUACAAACUCGGCAAAUUCUCUCUCUCCCACAGGGUGGUAUUGGCGCCGAUGACGAGAUGUAGGGCGAUAAAUGAGAUACCAAACGAGGCGUUAAUGGAGUAUUAUGUUCAACGAUCUACUCCUGGUGGUUUUCUGAUUUCCGAGGGCACCCUCAUUUCUCCUACUUCUCCUGGGUUUCCCCAUUGCCCGGGCAUUUACACCAACGAGCAAGUUGAAGCAUGGAAGAAAGUGGUUAAUGCUGUUCAUGCCAAGGGUGCUAUCAUCUUCUGUCAGUUGUGGCAUGUUGGUCGAGCUUCUCAUACAGUGUACCAACCUGGAGGGAAAGCACCAAUCUCAUCAACAAAUAAGCCGAUUUCAGACAGAUGGAGAAUACUAAUGCCAAAUGGAACUACUGAAAAAUACCCUGUACCUCAAGCCUUGGCUUCCCAUGAAAUACCUCAGGUUGUCGAGCAUUACCGCCAGGCUGCCAUGAAUGCUAUCCAAGCAGGUUUUGAUGGGGUGGAGAUCCACGGGGCCCACGGCUACCUCAUUGACCAAUUCCUCAAAGACGGGAUCAAUGACCGCACAGACGAGUAUGGUGGGUCUCUAGCUAACCGUUGUAGACUCUUAGUUCAGGUGGUUCAUGCAGUGGCUACAGCCAUUGGUGCUGAUAGAGUAGCUAUAAGGAUCUCACCAGCAAUAGACCACCUUGAUGCCUCAGACUCAAACCCACUUGCAGUCGGCCUAGCCGUGGUCAACUCUCUCAACAAACUCCAGCUAGACUUAAACUCACGGCUAACCUACCUUCAUGUAACUCAACCUAGAUAUGUUGCGUAUGGUCAAACCGAGUCUGCUAGACAAGGGAGCGAAGAGCAGGAAACACAGCUUAUCCGAACUCUAAGGAAAACAUACCAGGGUUCUUUUAUGUGCAGUGGUGGGUACACCCGGGAACUCGGGAUGGAGGCCGUGGGUCAAGGGGAUGCUGAUUUGGUUUCUUUCGGGAGGCUUUUUAUAUCGAACCCUGAUUUGGUCGAAAGGUUUAAGGUUAACGGUCCGUUGAAUAGGUAUGUUCGGAAAACGUUCUAUACACAGGAUCCUGUUGUGGGUUAUACUGAUUACCCCUUUCUUGGUAAAGAUGGUUCUGAUAGUAGUAGUAAGGUAGUACUGGCUCGUCUAUAGUGUAUUCUCUUGAUAUUGUUGUAUGUUAUUUAGACUUGCAUAUUGGGAAGUCAUGCAGAAUUGCAGACAAAAUAAGAUCACAUGGGUUUAUGUUA